AUGAAAGUUUGAACUUUUUCAACAAAUCAUAAAGAUAUUGGUGUUUUAUAUUUUAUUUUUGGCGUUUGGAGAGGAUUAAUUGGAACUUCUUUUAGUAUAGUUAUCCGUUCUGAACUUAUGACUGGUGGAUCUUUUUUAUUAAAUGAUCAUUUAUAUAAUGUUGUUGUUACUUCUCAUGCUUUCAUUAUAAUUUUUUUUAUAACUAUACCUUUAGUUAUUGGUGGCUUUGGUAAUUGACUAGUUCCUUUAAUAAUUGGUGCUCCUGAUAUAGCUUUUCCUCGUAUAAACAACUUAAGUUUCUGACUACUUGUUCCUUCAUUAAUUUUUAUGUUAGUUAGAAUGCUUGUUAGGGUGGGGGCUGGUACUGGUUGGACUGUGUACCCUCCUUUGUCUUUAAGAUUAACACACGGGGGAUUAUCAGUUGAUUUAUUGAUUUUUUCUUUACAUAUUGCAGGUAUUUCAUCUAUUUUAGGUUCAGUAAACUUUAUUGUUACUAUCUUUAACAUACGAGUUCUUGGUAUAAAUUUUGAAUAUGUGAGAUUAUUUGUUUGGUCAGUAUUAAUUACGGUGUUUCUAUUAUUAAUUUCACUUCCCGUUCUUGCGGGAGCUAUCACGAUAUUACUGAUAGAUCGAAAUUUUAAUAGAUCUUUUUAUGAUCCUCUGGGGGGAGGGGACCCUAUCUUAUAUCAGCACUUGUUCUGAUUUUUUGGUCAUCCAGAAGUUUAUGUACUUAUUUUACCAGGUUUUGGUAUUAUCUCUCAUUUAAUUAGAAGUGAGGCUGGAAAAUUAGAAGUAUUUGGUAGCCUGGGUAUAAUUUAUGCCAUGAUAACUAUUGGUAUCUUGGGAUUUAUUGUUUGGGGACAUCACAUGUUUACUGUUGGAAUAGAUGUUGACACUCGGGCUUAUUUUACUUCAGCUACUAUAGUUAUUGCUGUUCCGACGGGAAUUAAAAUCUUUAGGUGGCUUGCUACUCUAGGUGGAAUAAAGUCUAAUAAGUUUAGACCCCUAGUUCUCUGAUUUACAGGAUUUCUAUUUUUAUUUACUAUGGGUGGAUUAACUGGAAUUAUUCUUGGUAAUUCUUCGGUAGAUGUGUGUCUUCAUGAUACUUAUUUUGUUGUUGCUCAUUUUCAUUAUGUUUUAUCUAUAGGAAUUAUCUUUGCUAUUAUAGGCGGAGUAAUUUAUUGAUUUCCUUUAAUUUUAGGUCUAACUUUAAACAAUUAUAACCUGGUGUCUCAAUUUUAUAUAAUAUUUGUGGGAGUAAACCUGACAUUUUUUCCACAGCAUUUUCUUGGUUUAAGUGGAAUACCUCGUCGGUAUUCUGACUACCCUGAUUGUUAUUUACUAUGAAAUAAAAUUUCCUCUGGGGGGAGGGUCUUAAGUGUUAUUUCUGUUAUUUAUUUUUUAUUUAUUAUUUUAGAGUCUUUUCUUCUCUUACGGCCGGUUAGGUUUAAACUUGGUGUAAGCAGGCAUUUAGAGUGGAAAAUCAAUAAGCCAGUUCUUAAUCAUAGUUUUAAAGAGGUGUGUUUAAUUUUUUUUU